AAAUAUGAAUGUGAAGCGCGAUAUAUAGAUUACGAUAAAAGUUACAUAUUUACAAUUAAUUAGGUUACCAUUACAAUUUUCUAUAUAUGUGGCUUUAUACCUAAAUUGUGUAUAUACGCGUUCGUAUUUUAUAAUUAUAAAAUUUUGUUGAUGUAUAUAUAAUAUCAACAAAAUAAUCUGGUGUUAAAAAAUCCUUAUUUUAUAUACUCACUAUAAGCGUUAUUAAUUGAGGAAGCCGAUGUCUUAUCUACGAUGAUAGUCAAUGUUAUCCUUUUACUUGUUUAGUCUCAAUGCAAGGUCUUUAAUAAAUAUAAAUUGCUAAGUCGAUAUGUCGGAAUGCGAAAAAGAUUUAUUCCGGGACACUUGGGUCCGAUAUUUAGGAUACGCUAAUGAAGUUGGCGAGUCGUUCCGAGCCCUGGUUCCUGUCAAGGUAGUACGAGCUAGCUAUGCUGUGGCGUUCGCAUAUGUACUUGCUGACACUGGGGACAAAAGUUGGAAAAUGUUUAGAAAAGAUGGCCGAGUUAAAAACGUACUUGUAGAAACAGGUGAUGCACUAUUAUGGCAAACGUUGGCAUCAGUCGCCAUUCCAGGCAUUGUUAUUAACAGAAUAUGUGCAUACACACAUAAGUAUUUACAGAAGAAUGUUAGUAAAAUACCAGCGAAACCUAGAAGUUUGAUCACAGUGGCUGUGGGACUUGCGUCCAUCCCUAUCAUCGUUAAGCCCAUAGACAUCAGCGUGACCAUGUUUAUGAACCUCACUUACAGGCAGUUGGUUAAAGGAUAAAUAAUAGUAAUUGAUUUAACUAUUUUGCAAUAUAUAAACUUGCUCAAUCAAGCAUGAUGUUACCAGUUAAAUGUUGAUUUGAUGUUUUGUUUUGACCAAUUUUAAAGAUACUUCUUUACCAUAGAUAUUAUAGACCUUAGUUAUAAA